AUGUGGCGAUCCAUUAGUAAGAGUUGCAGAGAUUUGGAGAGACUUGGGACAUGGGUAUCGUGUCCUAUAUGGCAGUUUGUGCUAUGUCUAAUGCUACUGGCUUUAGUCCCCAGAGCACAAGGUACGUGUACACCUUGUCCAGAUGUCUGCGAGUGCCCAGGGACAUCACCAAACUGCAGUACUCUGGACUGUACGGGACAAAACCUCACUUUUAUACCUGGGAGUGUGGACGUCCCCGUGGGAAUAACACACCUAAAACUUGGAAACAACGAUUUAGGGCCAGACAUUCCAAUAGGAUUCUUUCAGAACUUUACUGAUCUUAUUUUUCUUAACCUGACGAACAAUGGCAUUGCGACAUUGGAUAACAGUAUUUUUAAGACGCUAUCUAGAUUAGAAGUAUUGGAUCUCCGAUACAAUGAUCUCACAUCACUCCAUCCAACAAUCCUUGCGGGACAAGGACAUUUAUCUUAUUUAAAUAUAGCCUAUAAUAGUAUUUCUACAAUUGAUUCCACGUUGUUUGAUGAGUUGACGAGCCUGAAGAGCGUGUAUAUUGGCAGCAAUCCACUGCAUUGUGAUUGCACGCUUCGACCAUUUAAACUUUGGGUGAAGAAGUCUAUCGAAGAGGGUGUUAACUUUCCCGAUAACACAUCUAUAAAUUGCGUGUCCCCAAUUGAAACACAUAUUCUGUCUUCUACAUCCCAAAACUUUGUUUGUGAUUCUUUAAACUAUACAUCAUGUGUGAUGGAUUCUAAACGCGGCUAUGUAAUUCCUGCAACGUUUCAAAAUAUCUCGACGCAGCAUGAUAAUCGUGAAGAAUGUAAUAAACAUUGUUUUAUCCAAGGAAGCACACUUGCAGCUAUCUCGUCAAAUCCACAAAUAGAGCCAAAUCGAAUCGAAUGCUUUUGUGGAAUCCAAAUAGAAUCAUAUACCUCUUGCUCAUGUUCUCAUCUCGACACAAAAAGUGACAAUGAUGACUUUUGUGGAGGAUUAUACAUCAGCGAUUCUUUCCUAGUUACAGCCAAUCUCACUCUAAGUCCAAUAAAAGUACAAUCAGUAUUAGAUAUUCUAUAUUUCAAUCUCAACUCACUUUUCCCGAUGGAUACUUAUAUUUGGGACUUCGGAGAUAGUGAAACAAUGUUCAUGACUUCAACUAGCUCUUCAACAUACGCUUACUCAUUCCCGGGUGAAUACAAUAUCCAUGUGACAGCAACCCUUAGUGGACAAAAUGAAAGUCUGGACUCAGUAGUAAGGAUAGUAGCUCCACUUGAAGCUGCCAUCGAAGGAGACGGCGACUAUAUUAGUUCAAAUGGUAAUGCAAACGUACAUGCCACUGUAGUACAAGGCUCGGAUGUCAGGGUUUCCUGGACGAGAUAUUCCGAGGAUGGAGAGAGAGUUGAAGACAAGUCUUGCGAGAUUGGAUGGAGCAUGGACAAGGCGCGAUGUUUCUAUAUUUCGGACACAUCACUGGGGUUCGAGUCUGCAUCCAAACAAUGCACCUUGCGUGACGCCACACUGGCAACAUUUCCCAACAAGGGACAAAUGCAGCAUUUCUUAAGAAAGGCUGAACUGGAUCACGCCGUGUAUGUUAUUGAUGCUGUUAAACAUGAAGACGUUUACAGAUGGAACAGCACUGGUGUUGAUACAUACUUUGAAGCACCUGGACUUAAUGGAACUGGGCAAUGUAUUGGGAUUAACGGCUCGACUGGGUUACUUGUACCAUUGAAUUGCACAGCACCGCAUCGUUAUAUCUGUGUAAAGGAUGCCGUUGAGUGCCCAUUGGGAGGCUCAUUGUUCUCAAAUGACAUGUGUUAUUUGCUGGUGAAGGAGCCACAAACUUGGGAAGAGUCAUUUGGUAGAUGUUUUGAAAUGAACGGAUCACUAGCAGUACUUGACAAACCAGAUGUUUAUCAAUUUGUGACAGAAAAUGUAUUCCGUGAUUCAGGUGUAAAUAUGACAUGGUUGGGUCUUCAGAGACGCAGCCAAAUUGGAGAGUCCAUGUGGAAUAAUGGUCAGCCAUUGGAUAUAAAUCUUCACAGGCAAAAUGUAUUUGCGACUAAUUCCUCGCAAAUGUGUGGGUUUUUAACAUCUACUUCACACAAUCCUUAUUAUGUCAUAUCAAACCAACCUUGUGCUGAAGUAACAAAUUAUAUAUGCCAAUACCCAAAUGGGGCAUCAAUUCCUGAAGUUCCAUCUGAUGUUGUCGAUAUAGCAGAUGAGUUAUUAGUUAAUGGUUCUACAACAUCGUUAGACGGUGCCUUGGUUGCAACAAAGCAAAUGGGAACUAGACUGAAUACAGUUCUACUACCAGGUACAUGGUUCAGAAGUAACGGUGUAUUGACUGCUAUAAGAUUUACAACUGGUCUAGUUAAGAAGAAUACGACUCUUCACAUACACAUAUAUAGGCCUGGCUGUACAGAAACGAAGCAACUAAUAUCACCAGGUUGUGACAAUUCUGGCUACCAAUAUAGUGCUUGUCUUGACAAGAGUGACUGCAAAUAUUUAAAAUCACAUGACUGUAAUUCAUCACACCAGUACUGCCAUCUUUCAAACACGUGCCAACUACGAAACAUUCCAUGUAACUGCAAUAAUAUCACAUGUCCGUCCAUUUCUCAUGAAGACAUUCACCCCAAAUUGCCAUUUUAUUCCGUCCAAGGUGCAUAUAGUCUGGAGGUUUUGCCUGGUAACCAAACCACAUACACUGCAAAAUUGCCGCAAUUACGUCUCCAGGAGAAUGAUAUUAUUGGAUUCCAAUAUGGCUCCUCUGGAGAACCAGUAUUAUGCAUACAAAACUCCCAAUCGAAGUGGAGACAAAACAUUUUAAUACAAAAACUGCCAGAAAUUUUUACAAUCAAUGAUGUCCUCCCAGCCACUGUAUUUAACUGGAAGUACGAUAUCGUCUGCCACAUUCAAAUCUUCUAUGGCAAGACAUAUGCGUUUUCACCUCCAGCAUACAUGCUCGAAGAUAACCUACGUGCAGGGAGAUACAUUUAUAGUGCCAAAAUAUACAGUAUCGAAAAGGUCAUCGAAAAGAAUGUUUCCAUCCUGGUUGAAGAUAGCAUAACACGUUUAUCGAUAGUUCAUCCAAUGCCAAAGAAAAACAAUGUAUACAUUGAAAGAAAUGUAUCUACCACGUUACUCAUCAAAAUAAACAGAGGUACUAACGUUACUGGUCAAAUAAAUGAUCUAUCCGUGAAUUAUAUAUUUGUACCACACUGUCCAACAGAAUUACAUCCAUAUUCAGAAUGCUCUAGCAGAAAGAAAAAUGAACAGUUUAUUUGGGAGAAGUACUUGCUGAAGAACAUAGAACGCAUUACAUUAUCUAUAAAGGCCACCAAUAAUGUAAGCUCUAGGAUUAAUGCGUAUGUCUUACAUUCCCAGGAUGCCAUUAAGGGUGUUACCAUCAUGACAAAUCACUCUACUGGGGCUAUUUUACUUCAUCAAAAUCUGGAAUUUAUCGGAAAAGUUACAGCUGGAACGGAUCCAGAAUUUACAUGGUAUAUAGAUUCAAAUCUUGUUCAUACAAACUCAUCACCCGUUUUAAAAUACUUCUUUUCAUCAUCUGGAAAUCAUAAUAUUUCCCUUGUUGUGUCAAAUGGGGUAAGUUCUACAAUUAAAACUUUGGAAGUUAGAGUGCUCCAAGAAGCAAAUAUGUCUAACUUGGUCAUAAAAAGUGGCCCUAGGUGGACAGAACCAAAUGCUCAAAUAGCAAUCACGUUUUCAUUUCAAGUGGAGAGGAAUGCUAAUAUUAGUUACACAAUAGAUUAUGAUGAUGGAACAAUUGAGCAGUAUGACAUCCCCGAAACAUCGACUGAUUUGUACUUUGAAUUUACCCACAUGUAUGAAUAUACUUUCCUAGGAUGCAAAUAUAUAAGGAUUACUACAAAUGACUUAUAUAGCGAACUAACUGUACAUCACAUAAUACACGUCCUCGUGUUGCUUGAAGACGUUCACCUAAUUGGUCACCCGACACAUGUAGCAACCAAUCAAACUGUAAAUAUGACUGCUAUUCCUAAGAACAACUGUUCUGCAUGUACUUAUACGUUCAUAUUCAAUGGUGCCACGUUCCAAGACAACGCUAAUGCAACUGCCGCAUAUUCAUUUACUGAACCCGGUUAUUUUGUGAUAUCAACAGUGGUGAUUGACAACGGCAACAUUGUAGGAAAUGCAUCUGUAAAUAUAACAGUAGAUGAACCAGUGCAGGGCCUAACCCUGAAUUACACUAACAAAAUAAUACUGCCAUAUGACAGCCUUGAGUUUACUAUAAUCAGCUGGUCUUUUAAUCGUGGAACUAAUGUGUUGUUCAACAUAUCAUCAGAUGAAGGCACACCUGAUGUGAUUGCAAACGACUCAUCGUCAAAAACAUAUAUAUUUACAAAACAGGGAGUUUAUAAAGUUAAUGUUACUGCAUACAAUAAAGUUCAUUCUGAAUCGGCAAUUGCUCGCAUUGACGUUAUCGACCCUCAGAAUAUAACAGCUUUAAAAAUUGUCCCAAUACCGUGUCAAAUGAUUGAUACUGAUGUUCAGUUUGAAGCUGUCGUUGAAAACCAUAAUUCUAGUCAGCAUGAGUAUGCAUGGGACUUUGGAGAAAACCUCAGUGUGAACGGCACAGGCAAAGUAACUACUAAUCAUACAUAUUCGAAAAUCGGAGUUUAUAAGGUUAUAGUAACAGUGACUUCAAAAACGAUGAAUAGAUCUGCUUCAACCACCGUGUGUAUUGAACAGCCUGUCAAUAACUUCAUUUUAGAAGCCGAUGAGCCUGUUGCAUUGAAUCAAAGUUCACUUAAUGCAAAUACAACAAUAACAGCAAAAGACUAUGAAUGUAUAAACUGCUUCUUCAAAUGGAGUCACGAUGGAAAUACAAUUACAUUAUAUGAUGUUCCUACAUUUGUGUUCAAUAUACAAAGAAGUGGAGUUCAUGAAAUCCGAUUGACAAUCUAUAAUAAUAUAAGCAGCCAUGAAGAAAGUAUUAAGGUCAACGCAGAGGAUGUUAUCGAGGGAGCUAAAUUGAUUAGUGAACCAUCUGAGAAGUACUUCUCAAUUAAUGCAGUUGUAAAGCUCUCUAUCAGUAUACCACAUGGAUCAAAUGUUGAAUGUGAGUGGACCAUGGGUACGGAUAGGUUAGAAACGUCUCUGUUUAGCCAUUACUACAUGUUUAGAUCUCUCGGAGUGAUAAAGGCGAGUGUAGAGUGCAACAAUCGUGUUUCUCGAAUAUCUGAUUCUACUAACUUCAUAAUUGAAGGACCUGUUAGAGAUGCCGUUUUUAACCAAUCAUCAUAUAAUUUAAUAACUGGAACUUCUCUUACCUUGAGAGUUGAUACAAAUCAAGGUGCAACAGAUUUAGAAUACAAUUGGGCACAUUGUUUGGCAUGUAGCUCAUUUCAGUCUAUAAACAACACAGUCUCCUUCAGCUUUUCUACUGCCGGUGAGUAUACUAUCGCUGUUGAUGUAGCAAAUCAUGUGAGUAGUUCCAAAGCAAAUACUAAAAUUAUAGUAUACGAAGAAAUUGUGAUAGAAGGAAUCCACUCCAGCUAUCCAUCCUUUCCAUUCAUUCCAACUUAUAAAACUGUCGAAUUCAGUGUUAACAUAACGAGGGGUAGUAACGCCAUCAUAGAGUGGACAUUCUCCGAUGCAUCAAUUGCCCUAUCACCCACUUCAGAUGUUGAGGUCACUCAUGCAUUUAACAGAACAGGUAAUUUUACCAUCACUGUACGAAUAUCUAAUGAUGUGAGUCAGCAGGAAAUAACACAGAUCGUUAGUGCCCAGGAAAUUCUUAAAGAGUUUGACAUUUCGGCAAAUCAUACUGUUGCAUCUGUUGGACAAAUGAUAUCAUUUGUGGCGUCGUCUACAUUUGGAUCAGACUUGCAAUAUACUUGGGACUUCGGUGAUGGAACUAUAAAAGAAGGAGAUAAACGUUAUAUACACGCGUACAUGGCUCCUGGUUUAUAUACAAUUAAAGCUACUGCAAAGAACCAAAUAUCAUCAAGUUCAAAACAGAUAAAUGUGGAUGUACUAGAACCCAUUUCUUCAUUGGAUAUUUCAAACUGUUGUAAGAGAGUUUACCAAGCUGAUACAAGAGCAAACAUGUCAGUAAUAGUAAACAAGGGGACACGAGUUAACUGUCAAUGGACUAUAACGUCUCCUAAUUUAAAUGAGACUAACAUCGAUGGGAAAAAUAUUAAGCUGGACCUAUCUGAGGAGGGUAUUUAUGAACUAAUGGUUAACUGCAGUAAUGGAAUUAGCAGUCUCGUUACUAACAGAUCUUUAGUUGUUCAGACAUUUAUAGAAUCUGUAAAUAUGUUCGUACAUGGCGACGAAAGAUAUCUCUACGCAAACCAUCCUAUUUAUUUCUCAGCUAUUGUACAGAAUGGGGGUCGAGAUACAAGAUAUAGGUGGAUGACUAGUGACUCACCUCAUAUUUGGGAGAACUUCUCAAAAGUUUUCCUAAGAAUUUUCCUUUCAAACGGGACUCAUACAGUGAACGUAACAGCAUACAAUAACAUAAGUUCAGCAUUUAAUAGCAUGACCAUCUCUACUCAGUAUUUGCAGUGUUCUAUACCAAGACUUGCGGUGGUUGGUGGAAUCAGUAGGAGAGCUUUACGCUCGCGUCGCAUCCAUUUGGAAGUAAACAUUGCCAGUAAUGAUUGUACAGCCUAUGAGGUCAGACAUUCCUGGAGGUUAUACGACGAUAUCCCUUCAUGCCUUGGCCUUGCAAACUCCAGCAUAGUUCUUCCAGAAAGCUACGAUUCGAGGAGUCCUAUACUAAGAUUACCUGCAUGGUUCCUAGAUUAUGGCCAUUAUUGUAUCGAAUUCAAGUCUUCAUAUGUUAAUACACCCCUUAAAUCAACGGCUUACUUUGAGUUGGAGAUAAUUUCGUCACAAUUGAAAGCCCUUAUUAAAGGUGGUGACGAGAGACAAUUAUGGGAACAUGACAGAUUGACAUUAGAUGGUACUGAAAGCUAUGAUCCCGACCAACCACCUAAUGUUGAACAACAGCUGACUUAUAUCUGGACUUGUAGAUCAAAGCCAAAAGUGACUCCAGCACUAGCGAGUACAGUUACAAGUAAGCCGCUGCAAAUAUUCGAUGAUGGCUGCUUCAAAAUGUUGUCUGGACCUCUGCAUAUUUUCCCCAUGGAAACAUUUAUUGGAGGUCGGGAUUACUACUUCAACAUGACCGUUUCUCAGAGUGUGAUAGGACGUAGUACAACAGUCACACAAAAGGUGACAGUCGAGUUAUCACCAGUUCUCUCGGUCAAUAUUGGAUGUAUUUCAUGUAAGGUCACGGAUACCUACAAAAUAAGCCGAUCUUCAUCUAUAAAACUUAUUGGAAGCUGUGAUAACUGUGGGCCAAAUGUAAGAUACCUCUGGUCUGUCCACCGCAUUGAUGGAAAGGAUGUAAAAAUUGAUGAAACCACCUCGACAACUGGAGCGAAUAGAAUCAAUUUCGUCCUCCGCAGAGAUAUCAUUGACAAUAGUUUUGCGUAUAUAUUCAAAUUGAAAAUAGAUGAUCUCGAGGGAGGUAAAGAAGGAUAUUCCUCUCUUACUCUUCAUCCCAAUGAGCCUCCCUAUGGCGGCGCUUGCAGUGUAUCACCUAGAUAUGUGAUUGCAAUGGAAUCCAAGGUGAAUGCUACAUGUAGUGGCUGGAAGGAUGCUGCUGAUAAUAAAUAUCUUCCCUUGCUCUACACUAUAACAGUAGAACGUUUUAAUGGGGACCAAAAUAAUAUUGAAGGUUAUACUCUUUACCAUGGACCUCAAAGUUCUCACAAUCUUUACCUAUCUUCUUGGCCAGAGAGUGGGGGUAACUCUGUUCAGCUGGUUAUCAAAGUGGCUGACCAAUAUGGAGCAUCAACCAUUGGUCUAAACCAGACAUUGAUUAUUGACAAGGGUUACACAGACGACUUCCCUGGAGGAUACGUGAAUUAUCUCCAUCAACAUGUGCCUAAGAAGUUUGUGGAAUUGAGACGUAUGAAUGACCCAGUAACCUUACUACAGUAUGCCACGGGUCUGUGUAUGCAACUGAACAAAGAGACUUUAAAAGCCUCUCGAUUAGAAGUAGAUAACGAUGUGGGAAAACGGUCCUCAAUACGAGAUGAAAUAAGUAUGGCUCUCAAUGAUUCUUGUCCUGUACAAAAUAUAGAGGAUGUGAAACCUAUAGCAUAUCUUCUUACACAACUUACGAUGUACACCGAGGAAUAUCAAAAUCGAACAUGCCAGAUUGCUGUGUCAGACAUUUUGGAUAGAUUUAUGAAUGUAAUCGACGGCAUCAAUACUCAAGGAUUGAGCAGUGAAGACAUGAAUACCUACACUGUUCUCUCAACAAUGUCCAAUCUCAUGCAAGCUGUGAAUUACAGACAUUAUAUUCCACAUAACAUAACACAAGAAGCUAACUCAUUUGUUGAUCCGUAUAUCCAAUCUGCUGACACCAAUCUCACAACAGGAGAAGAUGAUAUGCAUCGAGAACGAAUCGUCACUAAUGUGCUAAACAUGGUUGAUGUUUUGGCGACGAGGUUACUGAUGACUCAACUUCUUGAUGAAACAAUGGCUACAGAGACCGUUCCAGGACUUCAUUUACGAGGUCAGAGAGUUCUGGCACAAAAUAUUCUGAGAGAUCAACUUGCAAGUGGAUGCCAUAUCAAGAUUCCAUCAGAUUUUCUUCAGCAGCAUAGAGAUUCAGAAGUGUUUCAAAUAAUAUCUGUAUCCCCUAUCAAUCCAUACACGUGGGGUUUCAGCAAAAACUUUGAAAUUUCUACUUUUGUUCCAGCCCUAGUUUUCAAAUAUGCCAAUGGGACUGAAAUCAAUGUGAAAAAUAAUCACGAGGAUUUUUAUAUUGCUAUGCCUGAGAGUUGGACAGUGACUGGUGAGCCUGUUCCGAUACCCAGUCCUUCUAUUACACACUCGCCUACAACUGGAGUAGUACACUCAAAUACCACACUAAGAUCAUCUGAGACGCAAGCUCUGUGCAUUAAUACAACGCUUGAUGUGUCGAAUGCGUCACUUCAUAUUCAGGUGUUAUUUAAUGUAAUUGACAAUCAGGAAAAUCUCACAGAUGUGAACUUUUAUGUUGUCGCGUUAUAUGCAGCGGGCUACCAACCAACGGACGAUGAAUAUGACAUCAUGCAGAACAUCAGUAUUCUACAUAUGGAACCCAACGCAGACCACAGAAACUAUACAAUAUUUCAAAGGUCAUAUGAUCCAUCAGUUCAACAUUAUGUAACUAUAACAAACCCUCACAGUGACGUCAGCUUGAACAUAUCCAUUGGUUAUUUCUUUUCGAGCUGUCAGUAUUUCAAUACGACCAGUAAAAAGUGGCAGACGGACGGAUGCUAUACAGCGGAUUUAUCCACGCCUAUGCAAACGAUCUGCUCCUGUAAUCACCUGACAUCUUUUGGCGGAGGUGUUUUCAUUCCAGAGGAAAUUCUCUCCUUUGAAACUGUUGUCAGGAUGACAUCAGGAACAAAUGUUGUUACCAUUGUUACUAGUUUAAUGAUUGUGGUUAUAUAUCUGGCUGCUAUGAUUGUCGCUAAGCGAUGGGAUCUACUAGAUUUACACAAGAUCGGUGUUGUUCCAUUGUGUGGUAAAGAUGGGGUAUAUCGAUAUGAAAUCACAGUUUAUACUGGGAUGAGAAGGGGUGCAGGUACUACAGCCCACAUAGGCAUGAAACUUUAUGGAUGUGACUCGUCAAGUAGCGCAUUCCAUCUAUCAAAACCGAGCGCAUUCAAACGUAAUGGCCGGGACAGUAUGUUAGUUGCAACGGAGAAAUGCCUCGGGGAUAUAUGGAAGAUAUCAAUUUGGCAUGACAAUACGGGACUGUCACCAUCUUGGUAUCUGUCUCAUGUAGAAGCCAGGGACAUCAGUGCAAAUAAAUCCUAUUUGUUCAGAGCUAAUUGUUGGCUUUCACUUCAACAUAGAAAUGGUGAACUCAAGAAAAAACUGCGUGUAUCAGAUCCGAAAGAGGUAGAGAGGUUCACCUGGGCAUUCCGUAGUGAAUUCGCAAGGGGAUUAGCAGAACGUCACGCCUGGCUAUCUGUGUUUGAACGAAGGGCCCAAAGUAGAUACACACGUGUUCAAAGACUUACGUGUUCCGUAACCUACCUACUAAUGACCAUGGCUGCUAUUGUUUUAUGGUAUGGUGUCUUGGCAGCAACUAUGUAUCCUGAAACAUUGACAGACAUCUUUACAGGAAAAGAUAUUUUGGUUGCAGUGGUGUCCGCUUUGGUUGCAAUGCCCUUGAACAUAUUACUUGUCCAAAUGUUCAGGAAAUCCAGAUGCAAGAUCAGUGCAUCGGACUUGAAUAACAUAACUCAAACGGCAGUAGAAAUGGAUGCAAUGUGUGAGAUGUCCCAGCCUGGCAGUGAAUGCGGCUCUGGUAUCCUCAAGCCACAUAUUGGGCUAGGUUUGCAUCGGUCAGAUCCAAUUCACCAUGGCUAUUUGGAUAACAAUAACAGUGAUGCGAUUCAACAGUACAUAAUUGACAAAAACAGACUUCGAAGAACUUCAUCAGACACUGGUUCCUCUUUGUACGAUAGAAUCCUGAGAUGGUCGGAUAAACCAUCCAACCUUUGGAAAGAUGACGACUGCUCCUCAAGAGAACAAAGUGCUAGGUCUAGGCGCAGCUUAAUGGCAAAUAGAAAAAUAAGCGUCCAAAGUUCUGAGUUUUGUGAAAGUCCAAUUCCGAUCAAUGAGGAUACAGAUGACUACAAAAUUGACAAACAUGGCACAGAAACAGGAAAAACAUUUGAUUCGAGACAAAUGCAAAGACGUCGUAGAAUGGGAGUUUAUAGCAAAGAUGAAGGGUUGGGUCCUGACAUUUUGAAUACGACAGAAUCCAAUGACAAUACAACCCCAAGUUCAGAAAUAGAGAAUGGUUUACAUUCUGAGGAACAGGAAGCAGAGUUGUCUCGUAUGGAAAAGAAUAAAUCUGAGAGUAACUCUGAAUGCUCUCAUACUAAUAACAAUAACAGUUCUGAGAAUGAAAAUCAAAGCUCAGAAAGUGGCAUUUUUACACGCUCCAGUGAUUCAUCUAGUAUCAACGACAUUGUAGAUCAGGAACUACAAAAGGCAUUCAGUCCUGCAAUUUGUCCGGAAUCUGAUAAACGGAGGUCAUCGAGAGGGCAAAGGGGAGAAAAAGUUAGCUGGACCGAGUUACCACCCAAAAUAUCUGAUUUCAUACCCCGACACCCAAUUUCAACGUUAAAACGGCGCUUUUCUAAUUUGACUGCCUCAACUGCUACCCAGUUUACAAGCAAAGGUUAUCUAAAGAGAACAACAAAUGACAACAAAUGCCAACUACCAUCGUGGUGUGUUUAUCUGGCAUACAUCUUAUGUUUUGUGCUGGCUUCUCUGAGCAUUGGUGUUAUCAUUGGUGUUGGACAUUCUUUUACUGUUACCAUAGCAACCAAAUGGGCACUCGCUGUCAUUAUUGCAACAUCAAUAUCAGCCCUCGUAUUAGAGUCACUGAAGGUACUGAUAAUAGCAGUUCUUCUAGCUAUUAUGAAAAGGGGUACAACCUUGAGUGAUGAUGAUGUAGAAAUAUCACCUCUGAUAGAAUCAAAUGAGACCAUUAAGGAUUUGAAAUGUAGACCAGUUGGUGGUUUCGCUUUGCAUCACGCCAGAGAAGAAGCAGAGAAGCUUCGAAGGAUGCAUGCUCUCUUAAGACAGUUUGUUGUUUAUGUGUUAUUCAUUUGGUUGGUAAUGGUGGUCAACUAUGUGGACAAUCACACUGAAAGAUACCGACUAUCUGAAUCUUUGAAAAACCAAAUAACACAUCCCCAGAAUUUAAGCCAAAGAUUUACGACAAUCAAAAGGAAAGAUGAGUUUUGGAAUUGGCUACAUCAUGGAAUUGUGGACAGUAUAUACAAUGAAAGUGAGCCUAGUGAGAAUGCUUAUACGUUUGUUCUUGGACCACCACGUCUGCUACAAACAAGAUCAAAGAACGUUAAAUGUAAAGCAACAUCAGCCGUGCCACCAUUGAAUGCUGCAAGUAUUACACAACGUCCAUGUUAUGGAUCUCACACGUGGGUAGAAUCAACUGAACACUAUGGGAUAGGAUGGAAUAGUAGCAUUUCACGAAAUUACACUUGGCGCUAUUCAACACAAGGUGACACAGAAACGUAUGGUAUGUGGGGAGAGUGGGGUUGGUAUAAUGGAGGUGGCUACGUUCAACUUCUCCCAUUAUCAUCUGACGAGGCACAUCAUCAACUUAACACGCUAGAAAAACAGAACUGGGUUGACAGAGGUACAAGGGCAGUUAUAACAGAGUACACAGUGUAUAACAACAAUCGAGAUCUGUAUUCAUCUGUCCGCUUAUUGGCAGAAUUCUCUCUCACUGGGGAAGUGAUUUCGUCUAUAGAUAUCCAGGUUGUGUCAUAUCAGAAGUUCAUACUUGGCAAGAUUAAUGCAACUCUGAUAUGCCAGAUGCUGUUGAUAGCAGUGGUCCUAUAUCUAUGUGGAUAUAUAAUCAUGUCCAUCAUUGAGGAGAAAAAACUCUACUUUACUCACUUAUCGAAUUGGUUAGAUCUGGCUAUUGUCACUUCUGCAACAGCAACAAUUGUUCUGUAUAUCUAUAAUAUGGUGAAUAGUACCAACUUGUUCAGUCGAUACACAUCAAAUACUGGCUCAUUUAUGAGCCUGUCCUGGCUGGCAAAUGGAAUAUACAUAUGGACCUGCAUGAAUGGAGUCCUUGUAUUUCUCCUAAUGAUUAAG